AUGGAGGUGCACAGCCAGGAGUCUCUGGGCCGAUGGGAUGGACUGGGCAGCCGGGAUGCCAGCUCCAGAGUUCAGGCGAUGGACAACAUCUGUCAGGUGGUCAUGAGGAAAGCGGAGGCCAUUGGGCCAGUAACAGCAAUGUCCCCCUCGGCCAUGGCUUCAGGAAGUCCUCCCAAAAGUGACUUGAAUGAGACCUUGGCUCACCUUCUCAUGCUUUCCAAACGGUGUCCUUUUGAAGACAUCAGAGAGCGAUGCGUCCAGCUUCUGCAUGAGGUCCAGCAAGAGCAGGAACCAGAGCGGGUUCCUGCAGAGGACUUCCCAGAUGGUUCUGUGUUCCAAACCAUCUGGCACAUCCGGUUAAGUGUAACUGCCUACAGGGAAGGGUCAGGUUCCCAUAAACCGCUCUUGUGUGACGGGUCUGCUGGGGUGACCAAGGGUCAAAAUCGCUUAUCCAUGCAAUUCGACGAGUAUGGCCACUUUGUCAGGACGGUGACAGUCCCGCAGCUACGGACCCCCGCAUUCCCACAGUCGUUCACCUCUGACCUCAGCUAUUUUGCGCAAAAGUUUGAAGCGUACGCGGUAGAGGAGCCAGCUCAGAGUUUGUGCGUGCGUCCGUGA